GUCAAGGAACUAAAUUUAGUGUUAUUAUGCUAGACUCACAUGACUUCCUCUUUUAGUUUAACUUUCGAAAGUUAACACCCAAAAGGAAGGGAAUAGUUCAGCAGUGACUGUUAUUGUAAUCUCAUUUCGUUCAAUCUCUCUCUUGACAGAAGAACUCGGCCUCGCGCAAUAAGCUGAGCUCAGUUUCACCUGUUCUUUCACAUAGUGAAUUGCAAAAUACCGCGGGUACAAUAACCAGAAAAUGGAGAAAAUUAGCAUCUUUAUUGUCCUCAUUGUCUCGCUGUUCAUCCCUGAUGCUAGCUGCGGUAUGUGUAGUAUGAACAAAUACUAUGAAAAAGGAACAGGCUGUGUAGAAUGUCCGGCUUGUGGUCCAGGAAAACAGUUUACGACCAACUGUGGGUACAACAACGCAGGAGAACGGACGUCGGCUGCACAAUGCGAGCAGUGCUGGGAAGGUGUGACAUUUAAAGCACAGCUGUCAAGCGAUGCUUGUGACAACUGCCAAUUGUGCAAGAACGGGAAAAUAAAGAAAAAGGAAUGUACCCUGACCAGUAACACAGUCUGUGAAUGUCCACAAGGCACGUAUGAAUAUCACGGAGUUUGUCGUCCUGUCUUGACUAAAGCGCCUGUGACAGCUCCGCUGACCACUCCGAAGAUUACAACGGCGGCUCUUCCAGUGACUACUGCGAAUGCUACAACGACGGCGCAAAUAUCAACCCAAACAAAUGAACUUCCAAAGGAUGAACCCAUAAUACAAGUACAACGUAAGAUGGUCAUGAUCUUCAUAACCUAUUGAAUCUACUGGAGAAAGUCGUUAGCGAGGAGUCAAAUAAUCUCUUGAUAAAGCAAUAAAUUCUCAGUGCUAACGUUACAGGAAAGGCAUGGAGAUUAUUAUGGAGAAAUGCUAUUUCAAACGUAGCGGUGUUUCUCACAUCAAGGAACCACUGAAAGAUUCUUUAAUUUUUAAGUCUGGGUUGACUGGG